GCAGACUGUCAGAGAUCAGCUGUUCUUCUCUGGCUUCAGCUCUGAGGUCAAACCCCUCUCAUCUGAGAAAACUUAAUCUGAGUGACAACAACCUGCAGGACUCAGCAGUGAAGGAGCUGCUUGAUCUAAAGCAGAGUCCAACCUGUCGACUGGAGACUCUGAGGUGGGAGUGAUCUUAGUGGAGCUGAGGGUGAAGAGGACAGUGUGUGUGGACGGAGGCUGAGCUGUGUCCUGAAGAUCCAGAGGCUGAAGCAGCAGCAGCUUGUGUGUAGUCUCCAAUCUACACAACCCCAAAUCUGCAUGUGUUUGUGAGAUGAAGCCGGAGCACCUGGAGAAAACACGGGGAGAACAUGCAGACUCCACACAGGAAGACCCAUCUGAACCGGAUUCAAACCAGCAACCUUCCUGCCCCGAUUGUGUUUAUUCACAUGAAGAAUGUAUUUAUUGAAAUGACCCAACACAAGCAGAAUAUAUAAACCCUCUAUAAAGAGACACAUACAGUGUAUUUAAGUUUGUCCCUCAGUAUGUCUCCAUGUGUGUAGAACCACAUUCUGUGUAUAUGUUUGUUUAUGAUCUUAAAGUUCCUGGAUUCACGUCACAAAUUGAUUUAGUUCAGCACAAAGUUAAACACAUUGAAAUCACUUUAAGUUUCAAAUCAGAGUUUUGACACAAAAGAUCAAAACUCUGGAUUUAAAAAUGGGACGUUUUCAUUUCUGCAUCAGGUGCAGAGCGGUGGUGGCUUUUCUACUUUUGACCCACAAGUGGCGCUGCAGUAUAACAGCAGCACAUCCCCGUCAAAGCCUUUAUAUUCAGUCUAUGAGUCAAACACAUGGAUCAUUUACUCUGUGAGAAACCACAAAAAAAUAAAAUAUACAACAAUUUACAUCUUUGGAAUUAGAAUUAGAAUUUAAGGACACAUGUUGCAUGCUGUAGUUUUAACAUCUGAUUGCAUAUUUCCUGUCAGAUAACGUUGUUUCCUGUCAUCAAAAAGUCAAAAACAUCUUCCACAACAUGAAAUGAUCAUAAUCUACAAAGACAUUUUACAUAGAAGACAUGUUUGAGGCAAUGCUACUUUUCUUUUUUACUGUGUUAAAUUUCCAUCAUUGCUAUCCCCAUUAUUUCAGAUAUCAUAUAAUUCAAAAUGUCCAGUAACUUUAAGGACGACAGUUCUGUCUGGUGCAGGGACGUGUGCUGAUUUCUAUCACGGUGGCUCGACAGCAACAGAAACGUAUUAAAGUACAAGCAGCCUCAGAGUUGGGGUGUGAGGUUCCUGUGAAGAAGGAAACUGACCCAGGAAACAGAAGUGCACCAACACCUCCCUCACUCAUGUUGAUAAGAGAUGUGUUCCACUGAUUCUCCACCUGUCUUGAAGUGUGUCUGAGUGGCGCUGCUGGAUGGGACCAUGGGGAACUCUUUGCUCCGUGUGCUGUCCUUAUUCUUGAUGAAUACACUCCUCUCCUCUGGACACAUUGAAUAUGCUGAGCUGACCUUUGAACCCAACUCAACCACUCUAUAUUCUGGGGAGCACGUUAUUCUCACGUGUCACAUAAGAGAAGCAAAUGUCAGUGAGUGGUUUUAUGAGUUCAAGUGGAACGACAAACCAAUGGUUCCCAUCACUUCCACUAACGUGUUCAGGAUUCCAGAGCUAACGCCCGACAGGAACGGGGAUUAUCAGUGCAUCGCUCACCACAACAGCUCAGAAGAGAACAAACGGAGCAACAGGGCCACUCUCUCUGUGUCAGCACACAGACCCAGAGCCACAGUGAGAGCAUCCAGGACGUCCAUCCCAGUGGGCGGCUCUCUGACUCUGACCUGUUCUGUGGAGGAGUCUGCGGGUUGGAGCUACGACUGGUUCACACGUUCCCCAGACGCUGAGGAAACCACCAUUGCAACAAAUCCUGUGCACAACUCUCUGAGCAUCUCACAGGGAGGCAGCUACUGGUGCAGGGGAAGAAGGACUCACUCAGAUUUCUGCUCAGAGAAGAGUCACGUGCAUCACAUCGACAGAACCUUGUCCAACAGAAGCUUUGUCGUGCUGCAACACAACUGGACUCAGAUAUUCAGCGGUGAGACAAUCUCUGUCAGGUGUGAGAUCCAGGGAGGAGGAGACACCCAGUGGGAAUAUGAAUGGAGGACAACAAGCUCCCACCAACCAGUCACUGGUCCAGACACAGCUCCCACACACAGUGAAUACAGGCUGGGCACUGCCUCUGUUUUCCACAGUGGAGAGUACUGGUGUAAGGCCAGAGCGGACUGGUAUUCCUCAACAGAGUGGAGUGAGGCCUUCCAGCUGAGAGUAACACCCGAUAAACCCAGGCCCAGGCUGACUGCCGAUAACACAACCAUCACAGGAAAGGGAAGCGUAGCACUGAGCUGCUCUGUGGAGAACGCGUCUGAGUGGAGAUACGACUGGUUCAGAAGAACCUCAGCCUCCUCUGCAGCUCAGAUCCUAAGAUAUAAUGAAACAGAUGAUGGAAUCAGCAUCUCAGAGGAAGGCAUCUACAGCUGCAGAGGACGGAGAGGAGACACAACCUUCCUCACAGAGGACAGCAACCGAGUCACAAUAGAGAACAGAGUUUCCCACAAGGCGUCUGUGGCCCUGCAGCCUGACUGGUGUCUGGUCUUCAGCGGUGAGACGAUCACUGUCCGGUGUGAGGUCCCUGCAGAUGUACCAGCUGAGUGGGAGUAUGAAUGGACCAAACCCAACUCAACUACGGUUCCAACACACAAUGAAUACAGGAUUGUCAAUGCGUCCUCGUCCGACAGUGGAAGCUACAGGUGUUUGGCUAAAGACAAGAAGAACUUGAAUUCCACGACCGAGUGGAGCGAUGACGUCACAUUAACAGUUUCUGAAAGACCAGCGGCGAACCUGAGUGCUGACCACCGAGCCUUUCCAGUAGGGGGCAGUGUGCUCCUGACCUGCUCCGUGGGCCCAGCAUCACCUGGAUGGAAGUAUUAUUGGUACAGAGGUGAGAAAACCUCGGAGCCCCUGACGGAUGAGGAUUUCAAGUCACAUGGACAAAGUGCUAGUGCCUCACGUGAAGGACUGUACUGGUGCAGAGGAGGAAGAGGAGAUCCAGUUCACUACACCCAGUACAGUCACUCAGUCAGGAUUCAUGGAAUCGUCCACAACAGAGCUGCUGCGACUCUUCAACCCAACUGGACGAACACAUACAGAGGAGAAGCCGUCACCCUGAGGUGUGAGAUCCAGGGAGGAGACUCUGAGUGGGAGUAUGAAUGGACAGCAACCAGCUCACAUGCACCUCCCAACACAAAGGAGUUCAGGAUCAGUCUGGGGUCAGAUCUGAGCGGCAGCUACUGGUGUCAGGGCCGACUGAAAGGUGCACGGCAGAACUCCACAGGAUGGAGUGCUCCCCUCACGUUGUCUAACGCGGCUGCACCACGACCUGUCGUCACUGUGUCUCCGUCAUGGCUGACUCCUGGAGCCUCCGGGACUCUCACCUGUGGGGGGGGUCCACAUCCCACUGCAGGGUGGAGGUUCUACUGGUACAGAGCUCACCCCAUUAGUUUGGAUCCAGUCCCCAGAUGUCCACAGUCAUUUCGAUAUGAUCCGAGUGAUAUGCACAUUCCUGAGUUCAGUUAUGAGCUGCUCCCAGGAAGCGACGGAGGAACUGAACAAAACUCCUUCGUCAUCCGAGGCCUGACGGAGUCAGCAGGUUAUGCAUGUCGAGCUGGAAGAGGAGACCCCGUGUUUUACACUGAGUACAGUAAGACAAAGUGGGUGUGGCCUGUAGAUUCCUAUUCGUCAGUGUCUCUCACAGUGAGUCCGGACUCAGUGCAGCACUUCAGACAUGACCAAGUCCGUCUGACCUGCGAGGGAAACUCUGAUAAGUGGAGAUUGUCAAUGUUUACUGGAGACAGAGUACGAUUGUUUGGGUUGUGGGACGAUCUACGAUUGUUCGAGUGCGAGUCUCAGGAGACAAGCUUAACAUGGAACAUGGAUCAUCUUCCUCCUUCUGGAGUUUACUGGUGUGAAUCUGGAUCAGAGAUCAGCAACGCAGUCAACAUCACUGCAGGUUGUAGUUUUUCAUUGAAUCUAUUCACACUGUGCAUGUUUCCAACAUCCCAUAAUGUGAUUUAAAGGUAGAGUAACUGAAGGUGGGGAGCACUGCCUCCCCCCACAUGUACCAAGGUGCAUCACAUCAAACAUGAUCUCUGGAUGAAAUUCACCAUCUUUAUUUAC